AUGACACUCGAGCUCGCCGCAGCGUUCCUCGACCGCCACUUGGCCACGUGGACCCAGCCGAAACCCCUCGUCGUGGGCAUAUCCGGGCCGCAGGGCCUGGGCAAGUCGCACCUCGCCGACGGUUUGCUCGCCCACUGCCAGCAACACCACCCCCGGCUCAACUGUGUGGGCGUUCUGAUCGACGACUUCUACUUGACGCACGCCCAGCAGGAGCGUGUGUCGGCGUGCGCCCGCAGAUCGGGCAAUUCCAUCUUGGAGGGCCGGGGCCUUCCGGGCACGCACGACCUCCCGUUGGCCACCAGCACCAUGGCCGCGUUGGUGGCCGGAGACGUGCCCGUGCGGGUGCCGCGGUACGACAAAGGCGCGUUUGGCGGCGCCGGCGACCGCGUGCCGCAGCUGCAGUGGCAUGUGGUGGACCGGCCGGCCGAUGUCAUCGUGCUCGAGGGCUGGUUCAAUGGGUACCGGCGCAUGGCGCCGGGCGUGUUUGGCGCGGCGUACCUCGCGUGCGGCCGCAGCGGGGCCGUGCUGCGCAGCGCCAUGCACCACCUUGCGGACAUCAACGCCCGGCUCGGCGAGUACGAGGAACUAUGGGACUUGUUCGACUGUUCCAUCGUGCUCUGCACGCAGGACCUCGGCCUCGUGUACCGGUGGCGGCGCCAGCAGGAGGCCGCGUUGGUCGCCCGGACCGGGCGCGGCAUGACGGACGGCGCCGUCGACGCCUUUGUCCGCCGGUACAUGCCCAUGUACGAGUUGUACUACUGGCGCACGUGCGCCGCGGGCCUCCUGCGCCCGGGCACCACCUUGUGUCUCCAGAUCGACCUAGCCCGCCGCGUCACGGGCCAGGCGGUGAAGUAG